AUGGAGGAGUUGUCAGAAAUGUACAAGUAUAAGAACAAUUACGAAACCAAAUCAAUUUAUAUAAAGGGCUUUGGAAAUUUUUUGAAAAAAGUUGAAUAUGAAGAGGAUGAUGUUAUUAGGGAAGUGUUGAAGAGAAACGGGAUGUUAUGUGAAAAUAAUCGUCUUCUAUAUCAAAUUAGAAGUCAAUUAAUAGACCUAGACAAAACCUUCGAACAUUAUAAAAUAAAUUCAGAUGAAAUGAUUUACAUUUUACCUGAGCCUGCUCCCCUCCCCUACUUGAUUUACUUGUUUCAUCAAAAAUCUGGAAGAGUUCACUGCAUUGAGCUAAACCAUCAAGACUCAGUAGACCUGCUUCAUAAACAAGUGGAGAAGCAUUUAAAAAUAAAAGAAGAAGAUCAAAUAUUAAUAUACAGUGGACGAUGUUUAAACAAUACAAAAACAUUAAAAGAAGAGGAAAUAACUCGAGAAAGCUUAGUUACUAUCCUUGAUAAAAAUGAUAUACCAGAAAUAGAGCAUGGGAGUGUCGACAUGUAA